AUGGACGGCCCUGCGAUUGAAUUGGGUAAAACUGCCGGAAAGCCCAUAAGGUGCCGAGCGGCGGUGGCUAGGAAAGCCGGCGAGCCUCUUGUGAUAGAGGAAGUAAUUGUGGACACCCCUAAGUCGGAGGAAGUUCGCAUAAGAAUUAUAUGUACCUCUCUCUGCUACAGCGAUGUCAGUUUCUGGAAAAUGAAAGAUCCUCCGGGUUGUUUUCCAAGAAUCUUGGGCCAUGAAGCUGUCGGUGUUGUCGAGAGCAUUGGGGAUGGCGUAAAGGGCCUUGUCGAGGGUGAUGUGGUUCUUCCAAUAUUUUUGCCUGAUUGUGAAGAAUGUACCGAUUGCACCUCCAAAAAGAGCAACCUUUGUUCAAGAUUCCCCUUCAAGGUCUCUCCUUGGACGCAGGACGGGUCUAGCAGAUUCACUGACCUAAAUGGACAGCCUUUGUACCAUUUUCUAUUUACAUCUACUUUUACGGAGUACACAGUUGUGCAUGUCGCAAAUGUAACAAAAAUUGAUCCCACUGUGCCCCCGAACAGGGCUUGCCUUUUGAGUUGCGGAGCCUCCACAGGUGUGGGAGCUGCAUGGAGGUCUGCAAAUGUCGAAGCAGGAUCCACUGUAGCCAUCUUUGGUCUCGGCUCAAUAGGAUUGGCUGUUGCUGAAGGAGCAAAAUUAUGCGGUGCUGCAAAAAUCAUUGGCGUUGAUGUGAACCCUGACAAAUUUGAAAUAAGUAAAGCAUUUGGUGUAACUGAUUUCGUUGACUCGAGGAGCUGUGGUGAAAAACAUUUGAGCGAGGUUAUAAAUGAGAUGACCGGUGGAGGAGCAGAUUAUUGUUUCGAAUGUGUGGGGAAGGCAUCUUUGGUUGAGGAAGCAUUUGCUUGCUGCCGCAAGGGUUGGGGAAAAACGAUUGUGCUUGGGGUGGACAAACCUGGCUCACAAGUGUCGUUUAGAUUUUUCGACGUCCUUCACCUUGGCAAAACAAUCACGGGAUCCUUAUUCGGAGGCCUUAAACCGAAAUCAGACAUACCAAUCCUCGUCAAACGAUACAAGGACAAGGAGCUGGAUCUCGACAAGUUUGUUACCCAUGAGGUGGGUUUCUCAGACAUCAACCGAGCUUUUGAUUUACUGCUGGAAGGAAAGAGCCUUAGAUGUGUGAUGUGGAUGGAUAAAUGA